AUGGGUCGUGUCAUUCGCAACCAGCGCAAAGGGCGUGGAUCUAUUUUCACUGCCAACACGCGCCUGAACAAAGCCCCCGCCAAGUUCCGCAACCUCGAUUACUCCGAGCGCCAUGGCUACAUCCGUGGUGUAGUCCGUGAGAUCGUCCACGACGCCGGCAAGUCUACCCCGAUUCGAUCACAAUGGUUUCUCGAGUCGGCAACAGAGAUGGAGAAGCAGCAUUGGGAACAUUGGGCUAACAUUUGGGAUUUUACAGGCCGUGGUGCUCCUCUCGCCAAGGUCGUCUUCCGCCACCCCUACAGGUUCAAGCAGGUGACCGAGACCUUCAUCGCCAACGAAGGCAUGUACACUGGCCAGUUCAUCUACGUCGGCAAGCGCGCUGCCCUUACUGUCGGCAACGUCCUUCCCGUCGGUGAGAUGCCCGAAGGUACCGUCGUUACCAACGUCGAGGAGAAGAUCGGCGACCGUGGUACCCUUGGCCGCACCUCCGGCAACUACAUCACCAUUGUCGGCCACAACCCUGAUGAGGGCAAGACCCGCAUCAAGCUCCCCUCUGGUGCCAAGAAGGUUGUCGCCUCCGGCUCGCGCGGUAUGAUUGGUAUCGUCGCUGGAGGUGGCCGUACCGACAAGCCUCUCCUGAAGGCCUCGCGCGCCAAGCACAAGUUCGCUGUCAAGCGCAACAGCUGGCCCAAGACCCGUGGUGUUGCCAUGAACCCCGUCGACCAUCCUCACGGUGGUGGUAACCACCAGCAUAUUGGUAAGGCCUCUACCAUCUCGCGGUACGCAGUCCAGGGUCAAAAGGCCGGUCUCAUUGCCGCGAGGAGGACGGGUCUCCUCCGUGGUACGCAAAAGACGAAGGAGUAA